ACUGGAACUGUCAAAAAUGAAGUGUGAAGCAGAGACCAAAAGAAUGAAGUGGCAAUCAAAUACAUAAAAUUGGAUUUAUUUAAAAUAUUUAUACUUUUUAAUAUUAUACGAAAUACGGAAAAGUGCAAUAUAUAUCAUACUUUCACCAUGGUUUUUGUAAAAAAGGAAGUAUUAUGGAUAGCCCUCAUUUGCAUCGUAAAUUUAUCUCGUGGCAAUAGAGAAGACAGUGAAAAUAAAAAAAAUAUUAAAACAUUACAUACGGAAGGCACUGAAAUAUCGAACGCAAAAUUACUCAAUAAUGAUUACGAUAACAAUUAUGACAACACUCUAUACAAGUUAUCAAGGCCGAAGAGGGCGAGCGAAGGGAAUGUCACGAGUUCUAGCGAAGCAAGUAAUAUUGAGACUGUUGAAUCUACGUCGCCGAAUCCACCUCCAGAAAAUGUUAAUCCUGUUUAUGAUAUAGGGUCAUCUAAUUCCUCUCUAUUUUCUAUCACUCAAGUGAAUAUUUCGUCGUCGGCAACGCCGAAUGUUUCUGUGAAUCCGUCAGAUGCAGCUCCCCUACCUGAAAAAAGUUCGGCGGAAGAUGAACAUAAUAGUUCCAUGGCAAUAUUUUUUGUGCUAUGCAUACUGGCACUCGGAAUAUUGUUGAUUCAUCUUAUGUUGCAAACAGGAUUUUCUUACCUUCCUGAAAGCGUUGUGAUUGUUUUCCUUGGUGCACUCAUUGGGAUGAUUAUAAAUUUAAUGUCCAUAAAAAAUAUUGCAAAUUGGCGAAAAGAGGAAGCAUUUUCCCCCACUGCUUUUUUCUUAGUAUUACUUCCCCCAAUUAUAUUUGAAUCGGGGUAUAAUUUGCACAAAGGUAACUUUUUUCAGAACAUUGGUUCCAUACUGCUAUUUGCAAUUGUAGGUACAGCUAUAUCAGCCUUUGUUAUUGGAGCUGGAAUAUAUCUACUGGGCUUGGCUCAGGUUGUGUAUAAACUUAGUUUUGUAGAAUCAUUUGCAUUUGGUUCUCUGAUAUCGGCUGUGGAUCCUGUGGCCACUGUGGCAAUAUUUCAUGCCCUGGAUGUGGACCCUGUUCUGAACAUGUUGGUCUUUGGAGAGAGUAUACUCAAUGACGCUGUGGCGAUUGUACUGACAACAGCAGUAUUAGAUUCAAACGACCCCCAUAUGUCAACAGGAGAAGCUAUUCUCUCAGCUAUAAACAGGUUCUGGUUGAUGUUCUUUGCAUCUGCGGGUAUUGGGGUGUUAUUUGCUCUUGUUAGUGCACUCCUACUUAAACAUGUUGAUCUGAGGAAGAAUCCUUCACUGGAAUUUGGCAUGAUGUUAGUUUUUACUUAUGCUCCAUAUGUGCUUGCUGAGGGAAUUCACUUGUCAGGGAUUAUGGCUAUACUGUUUUGUGGAAUUGUGAUGUCUCACUACACUCAUUUUAAUCUUUCAACGGUGACACAAGUAACUAUGCAACAAACAAUGAGGACACUGGCUUUUAUUGCAGAGACAUGUGUUUUUGCUUAUUUGGGUCUGGCCAUAUUUAGCUUCAGGCAUCGUGUAGAACCAGCAUUAGUUGUAUGGAGCAUUGUUAUGUGUCUGCUUGGUCGAGCGGCGAAUAUUUUCCCCCUGGCGUUACUCUGCAACAAGUUUCGAGAGCACAAAAUAACGAAAAAAAUGAUGUUCAUUAUGUGGUUCAGUGGUCUUCGCGGAGCCAUUUCAUACGCUUUAUCGUUACAUCUUGGGUUUUCUGACGAAACCAGACAUGUAAUAAUAACAACCACUCUUAUAAUUGUUCUAUUUACUACACUAUUCUUCGGAGGCUCGACAAUGCCUUUACUCAAAUUUUUAAGGGCUAACAAGAAGACAAAGCGUUCCCGCUCAUUGCGCAAGCAAAAGGAAGUGAGUUUGUCAAAAACAAAGGAGUGGGGACAGGCCAUUGAUUCUGAACAUUUGUCCGAGAUUACUGAAGAAGAAUUAGAGGUUAAUUAUUCUCAUGCGACACGUUUACGUGGUUUUGUGCGACUGGACAUGAAGUAUUUAACGCCAUUUUUCACAAGAAGGUUUACACAUCAAGAAUUAAAAGAUUGCAAGAGUCAAAUGACAGAUCUUACGAACCAGUGGUACCAGGCCAUCAGAAUAUCAAACGACCGAGAAACCGAUGAAGAAGAGAGUUUGCAACAAAGUUCCCUCUCGAAUUCCCAUAGUAGCUUGCAAAGAGGCGUUUAGUUUUUAGUCAAUGCUUAGAGCAAAUUAUGGCUUUUUGCCUCAAUAUUACUAUUAUUGUAUAUUUGGUUUUACGCUAUGUAAUUUUAUUAUUUGUAUUGUGAAUGUAUUAUCCCCGAAAAAGAAAGUUGGCGGAUGCUGUGCUCUUUGAAGUAUUAUAAAUGUAGGUUUUAUUGGACCAUAAAUUAAUUUUGUGAUGUAAUGGAGAAUAUUUUAGUCAAUGGAUGUGAUAAUAUUGAAAUAGUAUUAUACAUAAAGGCUGCAAGUCUAUAAUCAGUGUAGGUCUAUUACCAAUUACAUAUAAUGUCGUUUUUAAUAGAUCCGCAUAUGGCAUUUGCCAAAGACAAGUGUGAGACAAGUACGAUGAGCCAGUUGCAAACAUAAGGAGCCAUUUAUAAAUUACAUCAUGCGUUUGGGUUAACGAAGUGUGUCAUCGUAUGACCAGAAUAUGUGGGAAUGAGACAACCUGACCUCACAGUAGUACAUAUAUAUCGAUGACGUCACAUGUCCUAAGUCUACAGUAAUUUAGCUCUGAAGUUCACUUCUGGAGGAAAUAUAAAAAUAUAAUUCAAUUAUUGCAUAAUAUAAAUGUGACCAUGUGCUAUAAGGACAGAGUGGGGUUCCAAAAUUUGUGAUAUCGUGUGAGGUAUUUUAUAGACGGCCUAUGAUGCGGCAUUAUGUACCUACUUAAUUACAAUAUGUUAUGUGAUAAUUUAUUUUGUAGCACAAGAUAAUUAUUAUUAUUGUAUAAAUUAUUAGCUAUAUGAGGCGGGGUGCAAUGCUUAACUUAUAGAACAUAAUCUGUUUAUGUGUUUUUUUGUUUAUUAAUUGUAAAUUAUUCCAAAUUACCAUUUCUGUUUGUAAUUUUUUACAUUCGGCUGGCAGGUACUUGCAACUAUUACAGCCGCCUUACUUUAGACAUAGAUUAGAAAUUUAACCAUUUUCUGGCAAGUACUUUAAAUUAUCUCUUAAUUCGCUUUUUUUACUUUUUGAUAAUAUUAUUUUAUAUACUUAGAAUCUGAUAAAAAAAUGAAUAACUGUGACGCAAACUAGUGACGCCUGCGACAUAAUUUUCCUAAUAUUCUAGUUAAGUGCUAAAUCAUUUAAUUUACAAGUUUUUAUGUUUAUAGUUGACGCGUUCAUCGAUCGCUAGCUCCUGUACUUUAGUGUUUGUACACCUAAUAUAAUAUAAGUUAAAUUAUU